GAGGCUAGUGAUGGAAAGGUUGCAUUUUCAUUCCCAUUCCCAAGGAAACCAGUUCAUAGCAGAGUCCAACUCGUAGGAGCACGAGCGUUAGCGAAAUGCGCAGCUGUGAGUUGGAAACGCAGUGAAAAUAAACAAGGCUCGAUUUGACUGAAAACUAAAUUGUUGGAAGUAGUCCGGCCAAAAAAUCAGAGUGGAGGAAAUGGCUGAAGAAGGUGAAGAAAACCACGAUAAGAGUUUCGGAGAAGACGAGAAGGUGCAGUAUAUCGCGGGUUGGAUCAUCUACUCGUUGAGACUCCGAGCUGACAAAUGGGUCAAAUUCAUUGCGAGCAAAGAGAACCAAAAACUCUUGUCGGAGUUUCUCGAAAGAGAGUAUUUUCUGGUGUGGUUUCUCAGCGACACGGGGCUCCUGGCAGCCUCCAGGGAGUUACCUUCAAACUUGAAAAGUAAAGUUGUUUAUGUAAUCAAGAAAAUUAGCGGUCCUGUUCUAAAAGAGAAUUACAGAAGAGUCCUUCUGUUUGGGCACUUGUCUGCAUCUCCACUAAAUCAAAUAACUACAUUGGUCGAAGAGAUUUCCAGCAUCUACAAUGUUUUAACUUGUGAAGAACUGAUUUCAGAAAAUUGGGAGGAAUCUGGCCCAGAUACAUUGGAGUCAAAAACUGGCAGAUAUGAGUGUGCUCUGAAUCCUUGUGGUGCACAAGACUGGUAUUUCAUUGAGUACACAUGA